AUGAGGAGUCACGCCGAGCUGGUUUGGCUGGAGGUCUCCACGAUUGACCAGAUUGUUGACCACAUCGUCAACUCUCGCCAAAGCGGCACCGAGUCGAUCAUUGCCUUUCACUGGCAGGCGAGCCACGUACACGAUCUUUUUGAGCAGCUGGACGCUAAGCUGCUGGAACUCGACCAACUGAAGAUCCGACGGGUUGAAUAUGAUUACGAAUCUGGAACUGUAUAUCUCGAUAUCAUGUCUGAAUCCCCAUUUCAUUACCAGGUUCAAGCCGGUCUCCGCGACCACCUCAAAGCUUCUCUCGGAAAGUUGUAUGCCGAUACCAAGGACCCUGCGAUCCGUAACCUGAUACGGUUGGUCGAGGAACAAGGCACAGCUAGAAUCGGCGUCGAUGGGAAACUUCUCAAGCAAGCCGAUAGCGAGUCUCGCCAACGUGUGGAGAGCAAGGCGCGCCAAUAUAUCGAUUCGUUGGACGAUAAGAUCCAAGCCGUUCUUAUCCUUGACCUUCAAUACCCCCGGUAUGAAGAAGGCCUGGCGGACGGCUGGCCCCUGCAGCACGACCUCUACCAUGACGAUGAUCUCGAUCAACAACCCGAUGGUCAAGUCGACCUCUAUCUCUCUGACUUCGUCGGUUCUGCUGGUUUACCACCGGCCUAUUGUCGCCCCUCGACCGCCGAGUUGGCUGCUGGGAUUACGAGAAACCCCACGAUCACUCUGACAUACGAGCGGCUGAGGGCCAUCUUUCGCAAGGCACGCCACUCACACAAGCCGACAGAGUUUACCACCGAGAUCGGUGAUGAGGAGGAGAACCUUUACGAGGAAGCAGAGCGGCGAGUUGCUGAAGCGCGCGACAAGGAGCGCAUCGAAGCCGAUAGACGUGUGGCUGAAGCGCGUGCCGAGUCGGAGCGGCAGUUGGCCGUGCUGAAGCGGCGGGUGGCUGAGUUGGAGCAGCAAAUGGCUGAAGGCCGCCGGGGGGUCGAGUAA